AUGUUUUCCAAAUCUGUUUCAGGUGUGUCUGGUGUUCACAAUGAAGUGAAGCCAGUGUCAGUCACUGAGGGAGAUUCUGUCACUCUACACACUGAUGUUGAAAUACAGAGAGAUGAUCAGAUACUGUGGGUGUUUGGACCUAAAGAGACUCGAAUAGCUGAAAUUUACAGACAAAACAUGCAUCCAUCAACUUAUGAUGGUAUUGGGGUGUUUAGAGACAGACUACAGAUGGACAGUAAAACUGGAUCUCUGGUCAUCAGAAACAUCAGAACUGAACACUCUGGACUUUAUAAACUACAGAUUAUCAGCAACAUAGGAACUUCAUACAAGAGAUUCAAUGUUACAGUCUAUGCUCCACUGCCUGUUCCUGUCAUGAGCAGUAACUCUUCACAAUGCUCUUCAUCAUCAUCAUCACACCAGAACUGUUCACUGUUGUGUUCAGUGGUGAAUGUGAGUGAUGUGAGUCUCUCCUGGUACAAAGGAAACAGUUUAUUGUCCAGCAUCAGUGUGUCUGAUCUCAGCAUCAGUCUCUCUCUACCUCUGGAGGUGGAAUAUCAGGAUAAAAACACCUACAGCUGUGUGAUCAACAAUCCCAUCAGCAACCAGACCAAACAUCUGGACACCAGUGAACUCUGUCAGCCAUGCGCAGCACUGGAUGAGCAUUCACAUCUCAUCAUGUUAAUAGUUGGUUUUUUAGUACCACUGGUGUUCGUCGUUGGAGUUGGAGGUUUAAUUUACCACAGAAACUGUAAACAGAAGAAGGACAUUGUUGCAACAGAUCACAUGGUGUACUCCAGUUAA